CUAGCCGUUGCCUCAGUGACCCCCCACACGCUCCGUUCUCACGAGUUCUUCUCCAUCCUUCCUCCUCCUCCUCCCUCUCUCUCCGGUCUCCGCCGAGCACGAGCGCCUCCAGAUCCCCGUCCGCGUCGACGGAUUCUCGCUCGCGCCCGCCCCCGUCGCCCUCCGCUGCACCGUGCCGGGACGACCGGCGUGGCGGUGGGGAUCCGCCCGUGCUGCCUUGGAUUGGUCCGAUUUGCUGCUUGUUGCGGAUUUGCUGUUCGCUGCCUGCGCGCGCGGAGUGCUGAUAGCGGCGUAUUCCCUCGGGGGAAUCGGGGGCUUCAACUGAACGCGCGCUAUCGCCUGCUGGAGGUCUGCCUUCUGGCUGACAGUUCAGAUUGAAGUGUACACCAACAAGGACUACAGAAAUGGUUGCAUCAAGACCACCAGGCACCCCUAACACCAAGAUUGAGCGCACACCAACCCGUACCCCUGGGGGCAGCGCCAGGCCCAAGGAGGAGAAAAUAUUUGUCACGGUAAGGGUGCGGCCAUUGAGCAAGAAGGAGCUGGCCGUCAAGGACCAGGCUGCCUGGGAAUGUGCUGACGGUCAGACAAUUAUAUACAAGGGCCCCCCACAGGACCGGGCUGCACCCACCUCUUACACUUUUGAUAAGGUGUUUGGGCCGAGUUGUCAGACAGAUUUGGUUUACGAAGACGGAGCUAAGGAUGUUGCUAUGUCUGCGUUGACAGGCAUCAAUGCCACCAUUUUUGCUUAUGGUCAGACUAGCAGUGGCAAGACAUAUACCAUGAGAGGUGUGACAGAGAGUGCUGUUUGUGAUAUUUACAGGCACAUGGAAAAUACCCCUGAGAGGGAAUUUGUUAUCAAGAUAUCUGCUAUGGAAAUCUACAAUGAGGUUGUGAAGGAUCUUCUACAACCUGAAUCUGGUCCCCUUCGGUUGUUAGAUGAUCCCGAGAAAGGACCCAUCGUGGAGAAGUUGGACGAACAAAUUGCCAAGGACAGAGAACAUCUGAGGCAUCUAAUCGGCAUUUGCGAAGAACAAAGACAGGUUGGGGAGACUGCACUGAAUGACACCAGUUCUCGUUCCCACCAAAUCAUUAGGCUGACAGUGGAGAGUAAGCUCCGUGAAGUGUCAGGCUGCGUUAAAUCUUUUGUUGCUACUCUAAAUUUUGUUGACCUUGCUGGAAGCGAAAGAGUUGCACAAACACAUGCAAUUGGUGCAAGAUUGAAAGAAGGCUGCCAUAUAAAUCUCAGUUUGCUGACUUUGACUAAAGUCAUCCGGAAACUAAGCUCAGAGAAAAGAAGUGGACACAUACCAUAUCGUGAUUCGAAGCUCACACGUAUUUUGCAACUUUCUUUGGGUGGCAAUGCAAGAACGGCCAUCAUCUGUACCAUGAGCCCAGCCCUGACACACGUAGAGCAAUCUAGAAAUACUUUAUUCUUUGCAGCAUGUGCCAAGGAGGUCACAAAUACCGCAAAAGUUAAUAUGAUUGUUUCUGAUAAGCAACUCGUGAAGCACCUUCAAACUGAAGUUGCUAGGCUAGAAGCAGAACUACAAACCCCUGAUCGUGCAUCCUCUUCUGAGAUCCUCAGAAUAGAGAAGGACAGGAAAAUCAGACAGAUGGAAAUAGAAAUGGAAGAACUCAAGAAAGAACGAGAUAAUGCAUGUUCACAACUUGAAGAACUACGAAAGAAGAUGGGUGACAACCAGCAAGGUUGGAAUCCCUUUGACUCACCGCAAAAUGCCCGGAAGUGUCUGACAUUUUCUGGGUCACUACAGCCUAGUAAAAUGAUCAAGAUAAGGAACUCAAUUAGACAAUCAUCCACUGCUCCCUUAACGCUAAAGCAUGAAAUUCGCAAACUCGAGCAGCUACAACAGCAGCUUGAGGUUGAAGCGAACCGAGCUAUUGAAGUAUUACACAAGGAGGUUGAAUGCCACAAGCAUGGCAACCAAGAUGCAGCGGAAACUAUCGCUAAGCUUCAGGUAGAAAUCAGGGAGAUGCAAUCCGUUAGACCUGAGAACAGAGACGUUGAGAUGAUUACAGAUGACGGGAAUGGGUCUGAUUUGAAAGAUGAAAUCAGUAGACUUCAUAUGCAAGAUAAUGAUAUUGCCAAACUUGAGGCGAAACUAGAAAAUGUACAGAAGUCUCUUGAUAAAUUGGUGAUGUCACUUCCAAAUGUUGGCACACAGUGUAAUGAAUCUUCCACAAAGUCCAAUGCAUCAAAAAAGAAGAGGAGGGUGUUUCUUCCGAUGGGCAUGAACAACAUAAACAAAGCAAUAAGAGCACCUUGCUCUCCGCACUCUUCUAGUAGACCUUCAGAAUCGGAUGUUGAGAACAAAGCUCCAGAUGGCCACACGGUAUCUCAUGGGGAUUCAGAAAAGGCUACUCCCAUGAAAAAUGAAGAGAAUGGAGAUGUAUCAUCACGUGAUGGAACACCACGCAAUAGGCGAUCCAGCUCAGUAAACAUGAAGAAGAUGCAGAGGAUGUUCCAAAAUGCAGCUGAAGAAAAUGUAAGGAACAUCAGGGAUUAUGUGACCGAGCUGAAGGAGAGAGUGGCGAAACUUCAGUACCAAAAGCAGCUGCUUGUCUGCCAGGUCUUGGAAUUGGAAUCUAAUGAAGGAAAACAAAAUGACAUGGAAGAAGAUCUGGAGGAAACUUCGGGAUGUCUACAAGAUGGCCUUGAGCCAUGGGACGGAUUAUUUAAGGCGCAGAUGCAGCACAUUAUCCAGCUAUGGGAUCUCUGUCAUGUAUCGAUCAUACACAGAACCCAGUUCUAUCGGCUGUUCAGGGGGGAUAGGGCUGAUCAGAUAUACAUCGAAGUUGAAGUUCGAAGAUUGCUAUGGUUGCAGCAGCAUUUGGACGAAGUUGGUGAUGCAAGCCCUGCUGGACCUGGUGAUGACCUUGCAGUUUCUCGUGCCUCAAGCAUCAAAGUGUUGAGGAAUGAGCGAGAAUUUCUCGCAAGACGGAUGGGCUCCAGGCUGACGGAAGAGGAGAGGGAGCGCCUGUUCAUCAAAUGGCAGGUCCCCCUCGAGGCGAAGCAUCGGAAGCUGCAGCUGGUGAACAAGCUGUGGACAGACCCUGAUGAUCAAGUGCACAUCGAGGAGAGCGCCGACACAGUUGCCCGAUUGGUCGGUUUCUGCGAGGGUGGCAACAUCAGCAAGGAGAUGUUUGAGCUCAACUUCGCGGUCCCCGCAUGUAGGAAGCCGUGGCUGAUGGGCUGGCGGCCAAUUUCGAACAGGAUCAAGGAGAGAGCUCAAACUUUGGUAACUCAGACCAUCAGGCCAUGACACUGAAGGAGAAAAGGCCAUGCAAUUUCAUCAUGUCCAGAUGACCUGUUCUGGUUUGAACAGGGAGGGAGGAUAGUGUAGGUAUUGAAGUUUGGAAAUGAUUAUAAGCCCUGUCAAGGUAAACCUGUGGGAUUAUGCGGUUCAGGUUUUCGAGGUUGUACUACAUGGCCUAAGAGGAUGGUUCUUCCUCUGGCUCUCAUGUCCUGGCCUUUCAGUGUCACCAAUGGAGAUGGAGGGAGCACUGGAAGUAACGAAAUUAGGGCUCUGGCAGUCGUCCACCUGGCCGGUAGAUAUACUGUGGUAGGAAUUACUAGUCGAAACUACAUUUUAGAACCAUGUUUGUGUCCAAAACAUUACUUCUUUGUGAAGCAGAGUAUUUCAUGGUCAAAAGCAGAAAAUAUUUUAUGGU